UGAUGUUAUAUAGAAGAUGAAACUACAUCUGUGAGUGUCUGAUAAGCCUAUAAGAGAAGUGGUUGGAUAUAAAAAGAUGAAAAAGAGGGGAAGUAUAACAACCAGAGAGAUUGUUUGUUGAACUGGACUCGGCCAUGGUUGUUGUGCUCACUGUCCAUGUUGUGGUGGAUAAUUUACUGCGUACCUGCCCAUAUUUAAACCCAUGAAUGUGUAACCUUUAUGUGAAACUGGACCAAAUGGACUUCAUGCUUGUCUUUGUUUUAUUUUAUUUAUAGGCAGCGGGGACGCACAGCGGGGAGUACGUGUGGGAUCCAGACCACUUCUUGCAUGUGGUGUGGUCGGCCUGCUGGUGGUGGACACUCAAGUGUUUGGAAGAUUGUCUUUUUUCUUGCAGUGUAAGUUGCAGCGUUAGUGAUCACAGUGAGCUUACGUGGUGGUAUCUAGUGGAGUCUGUGAUAGAAUCUCCCUGCGGUAAGUACCCGGUCUGGUUAUAUUUGUUAUAGUUUAUUUAAAUCAGUAGCUAUAACUUUUAGAUAUUUAUUAUUGUGAAAUAAAAAAUACCUUUCUAUUAAACUUUGUGUUGCUUUCUAUUUGCUCAGGUACUCCAGCACCAAGUAUAUCAUUUUUAAAUAAAUAUGAUUGGUGAACUGAAUGCACGUCUCCUGCUCUCCUUGAAGGAACAUAUUUGAAGCCGAGGCCAAUCAGGACCUAUAGCGAGGUGACUGGUUUGUUGCAGUUCUGCGGAAAUUUAAAAAUCGUCUUUUUUCUACAUUUUCUCUGUUUAAGCUCCUGGAGGUUUGUUUGGUGAUGGGUGUUACUGCAGUCCUGUCAGUGAACAUGGUAACAGCCAUCAUGUUACUGACUGUCUUCUCUCUUUCAGAAGCGUCAGAUGUAUGUCGGACUUAUUGGUCAGCGCUCUUCAUCACUACACCAAAGAAGAUGGAAGCACUGAGUGGAACUUGUCUGAAAAUCCCAUGUAGCUUUAGUGUUAAAGAAGAAAAAGAGUUUGACAACACAACAGAAACAUUUGGAAUAUGGUAUAAAGAAGACGAAGAGACCAAUCCAAAGAAUGUGGUUUUUAACAGUAGUGGCACAGUGAACAAAUUUGAAAUGAACAUAACUGGAAACUUGACAAUGAAAAACUGCACCACUCUGAUUUACAACAUGAAGACGACAUAUGAAGGCGUAUACUACUUCAGAAUCAUGAACUGGCCUUUCAGGGCAAAUGCUAUUUGUGAUCCUCUUCAAAUAAAAGUCCAAGAUUCUCCUCCGAGCCCCAAACUAAUCAUCUCAGGAGAUCUGAAGGAGAAGGAGUCUGUCACUAUAACCUGCUCAGCUUCCACUCCCUGUCCACUCUCCCCUCCUAAACUCACCUGGAAUCUCAAACAAGACUCUCUCAACAACAUGGAGGAAAACCCAGAUAAAACCUUCAUGACUAAAAUCCAGGAGCAGAUCACUCUGACGGACAAACAUGAUGGAUACAACAUCACCUGUUCUGCCACAUAUCCUGUGAAUGAAGGAAAAGAAGUCAAGACAGCAGAGGAGACACAGACUCUCAGAGUUUCAUAUUCUCCUAAAAACACCUCAGCGUCCAUCAGUCCAUCAGGUUUGGUGUCAGCAGGUAUUCAUGUGAACCUGACCUGCUCCAGCAGAGCCAAUCCUCCUGUCAGCAGCUUCACCUGGUUCAAGAUCAGCAGAGAUGGACCCAUGAUCGUAUCUGAAGGAGAGUUUUACAGCUUUAAUGCCACAGAGGGAGGAGUUUAUUACUGUGUGUCCAUGAAUGAUCUCAGUAAUCAGACAUCACCACAGAUCCAUCUGAGUGUUGCAGAGAAACCUGUUGAUGCUCCUCUUUCUCCUCUUUGGGGUUCAGCUUUUGGGAUCAUUGUCGUAGUCGUCUGCCUCGCUGUCUGUAUUUGGUGGUUAAAGAGGAAACAUCAAACUCCCCAACAGAACCAGAGUCAAGGAGAUGGUGUACUGGCUACUUAUCAACCACCGAAUGAAACAGAGGAAACCAUCCAUUACGGGGAGAUCAACUUUUCAGUGCGAGGACCUGAACAGCUCUCUGUGUCAGUGCAGGACAGUGGACAGCAGCAGGAUACACUGUAUGCACAGGUCAAAGUGUCCAAGCCAGCAAGCAGCCGAACACAGCCUGCUGACGGUCCAGAAGAUAUCUACGCUCAAGUGAGGAAAAAAUGAGUGGAUUAAAUUCAUUUCAUUAAGUUUCAUUAUACAACUUUUUUUUGUUCCUUUUUUUUUUUUUUUACUUAUUACAGCUCAUGUUUUAUCUAGUUGAGCACAGCGUUAGGUCAGGAAGACCACGGAGUCACACUCUACUAUCAUGCCAGAGUUUUAGUAACAGCUGAUCUCACCCAAACCUCAUCAGCUGAUGGCCAGCUGA